AUGCUGGCGGCAUUCAACACCAAUACUGCCGCGUGUACCGGCGUUCUCGGCUGGGUUCUGGUUGAUUCGAUCAAGAACAGAGGGAAAUUCUCCGUUGUGGGUGCAUGCGAGGGUGCCAUCGCGGGACUGGUUGGCAUUACCCCAGCGGCCGGCUUUGUCUCCGUUUGGCUUGCAGCAUGCAUCGGCUUUAUUACGAGCAUUGUGUGCGCAUUGCUCCAAGACAUCAAUAAUUGGCUACGCAUUGACGAGGGAAUGGAUGUGUUCAAACUGCACGGGAUUGGAGGAAUGGUUGGGGCGUUUCUAACCGGGAUUUUUGCCUCGCAGUCCGUUGCGGCACUGGACGGCGCGACCGAGGCGACCGGAGGGAUUGACGGCAACGGGAUGCAGGUCGGGAAACAAUUGGCGGAGGUGUGUGCCAUUUCAGCAUACUCCUUUACGGUGUCCUGCAUUCUACUCUAUAUUCUGAAAUAUAUUCCGGGCAUGCAUCUGCGGGUUCACGAGGAGGCCGAGAUGGUUGGCUUGGACCGAGCACAGUUUGUUGACGAGCAAAUUGGAGAGCGCGCUAUUCUCGACAAUCUCUACGUGUCGUCAUCGCCUGCACAUGCGAGUGUGAUCAAUGAACCUAUCCAGGUCUCGGCGGGGUCGAAGGAUUUCAAAAUGUAA